CGCAGCAAAAUAAAUAAUUAGCGAGACGAUGUUCAGUAACGCUGUGCAAGCGAAAUUGGCAUCGAUGGUACUGAUUGGCGUCGGCAGUUUCGUCGUCGGCAUCGUGCCCGUCUGCUUUAUUUCACGUACUCGUCAACUCCAACAAAAGCUGCUGCUUUCUUGUACCUUGUGCUUCGGCGCUGGCGUUCUCCUAGCCACCGCGAUGCUUCACGUGCUACCGGAAGCACGCCAAGGUUUAUCGGAUUAUUCCGAGCUGGUGUUCUGCUGUGGCUUUCUCGUGCUGUAUUUAAUCGAAGAAUGUGUACAUUAUUUUUAUUGGGACGAAAAUCAUGGGUCCGAUUCGGAUUCUCGUUCUUCCAGAUUCGUAGAUUCUAGGAUCGUGCACGAGCGAGGUUGUUCAAACUAUCCAAAUCAUAGUGUUGGUUACAAUGCCGCCUCGCAAAACAGCAAGAUAUAUAUAUCCGAAGGUGAUGUGAAAUUACCGCUCAAUUACCGACAAAAUCCUUCUGAUAAUGGUGCCAAUAAUGCGUUGGCAUUUACUAGCUAUGGCACGGACGCGACGCGAUGCAACACGUGUCGUUCAAGACCGUCAAACGAAGAAAAUACAUUUUUAUGUCAUGGAAACCAUGACGAACAAUGUACCAAUGCCAAUACUGGUCUCGUUGGUCUCGCUCUUGCUCUCACUAUACAUGCUGUUCUUGAAGGACUUGCGAUAGGACUGCAGGCGAAAAUCGCCGAGGUAUUGUUGUUAACCGGAGCAGUAGCAUCACAUAAGUUUGUCGUCGGCUUCUGUUUGGGGCUGGAAUUAACGGGAGGUAGUAAAUCUGUUCCUAAAUUAAUAUUUGCGAUUUUUCUAUUCGCCAUUGGAUCCGUCAUCGGAAUCGGCAUUGGCAUGUUAAUGUUUCAGGCGGAUACAGAUUGGUCCACGGUGAUAUUGCCAAUUUUGCAAGGUCUGGCAGGCGGGACUUUGCUAUAUGUCACCGUAAGUGAAAUUCUCCCGAGGGAAAGAACGCGAUGGCACAAAAGUUCACGCAGAUUUACGGGCAUUUUACAAUUUCUAUCGGUAAUCGUUGGAUUUAUCGUCAUCUUUCUUCUUAAUAACUACAUAAAGGAGUGA